AUGGCUGGAACAUCAGAAAAAAAAGAAAUGGCAACUAGAUCUUUCGAACAGAAGCAAGAACAGAGGACUUCUGAAGAAAUGGAGGCUAGUGCUUCCACGGAGAAAGGAGAGGAACUCUCUGAGACUGCUUACCAGGAGAUAACUGUGAUGUCAGGGCAAAAACCGGAAAAAGGAGAUUUAAAUCCUGAGCAAAAACAUAAAGUUACAAUUUCAGUGCAGAAAGAAGAAAAAGUAGCUGGAUAUUCUAUGCAAAAGCAAGAAGAAGCAGUUAGAAUUUCCGCACUAGAAAAAAGAGGAAGUAUUAUAAAGAAAAAAGAUAGAAAAAUUAGAACUUCCGAUCAGAGGAAAGAAGCAACUAGUGAGACUAUCAGACGGGAAAAGCAAGGAACAGCUGAAACUUCAGAUCAGCAACAAGGACUGAGAGCUGGAACUUCAUGUCAAAAAGGAAUAGUAAGAACUCCUACGCACAGACAAGAAAAGACGAUCGGAACUCUGACACGAAAACAAGAUUCUGUGCAGAAACAAGAAACCGUAACUAAAACUUUAAUACAAAAAAAAGAAAAAGUACCUGAAGUUGAUGCUCAGAAGCAAGAAUUAGCAACCAGGAUUCCGAAAGAGAAGAAAAAAAGGAUACCUACAACUUCGGUCAAGAGCCAAGAAAGUGCCGCUGGGACUCUGGGGCAAAAGCAAGAAAGAAUAACUGAAACUCCAGUUCAUAAGGAAGGAAGAAUACCUAUACAAAAACAGGAAAGGACAACUGGAACCCCGGUGCAGAAGCAAGGAGGAACUCCAAUGCAGGAAAGGGUAGCUGCGCAGAAGCAGCGAAAAGCAACUAUGACCCUGGUGCAAAAGCAAGGAGGAACAACUGAAACUCUGAUGCAGAAGCAAACAACAAUUGGAAUUGUAGCUCAGAAGCAGGAAGAAACAACAUUUCAAACUCAAGUGCAGAAGAAACAAACAGCACUCCGAACUCCAGUACAGAAGGAAAAAGCAUCACUCGAAACUCCAGUACAGAAGGAAGAAACAUCACGCGGAACUCCAGUACAGAAGGAAGAAACAUCACGCGGAACUCCAGUACAGGAGGAAGAAACAUCACUCCGAACUCCAGUACAGAAGGAAAAAGCAUCACUCGAAACUCCAGUACAGAAGGAAAAAGCAUCACUCGAAACUCCAGUACAGAAGGAAGAAACAUCACGCGGAACUCCAGUACAGAAGGAAGAAACAUCACGCGGAACUCCAGUACAGGAGGAAGAAACAUCACUCCGAACUCCAGUACAGAAGGAAAAAGCAUCACUCGAAACUCCAGUACAGAAGGAAAAAGCAUUACUCGAAACUCCAGUACAGAAGGAAGAAACAUCACGCGGAACUCCAGUACAGAAGGAAGAAACAUCACGCGGAACUCCAGUACAGGAGGAAGAAACAUCACUCCGAACUCCAGUACAGAAGGAAAAAGCAUCACUCGAAACUCCAGUACAGAAGGAAAAAGCAUUACUCGAAACUCCAGUACAGAAGGAAAAAGCAUCACUCGAAACUCCAGUACAGAAGGAAGAAACAUCACGCGGAACUCCAGUACAGGAGGAAGAAACAUCACUCCGAACUCCAGUACAGAAGGAAGAAACAUCACGCGGAACUCCAGUACAGGAGGAAGAAACAUCACUCCGAACUCCAGUACAGAAGGAAAAAGCAUCACUCGAAACUCCAGUACAGAAGGAAAAAGCAUUACUCGAAACUCCAGUACAGAAGGAAAAAGCAUCACUCGGAACUCCAGUACAGAAGGAAGAAACAUCACGCGGAACUCCAGUACAGGAGGAAGAAACAUCACUCCGAACUCCAGUACAGAAGGAAGAAACAUCACGCGGAACUCCAGUACAGGAGGAAGAAACAUCACUCCGAACUCCAGUACAGAAGGAAAAAGCAUCACUCGAAACUCCAGUACAGAAGGAAGAAACAUCACGCGGAACUCCAGUACAGGAGGAAGAAACAUCACUCCGAACUCCAGUACAGGAGGAAGAAACAUCACUCCGAACUCCAGUACAGAAGGAAAAAGCAUCACUCGGAACUCCGGUGCAGAAGGAAGAAACAUCACUCGGAACUCCAGUACAGAAGGAAGAAACAUCACGCGGAACUCCAGUACAGAAGGAAGAAACAUCACGCGGAACUCCAGUACAGGAGGAAGAAACAUCACUCCGAACUCCAGUACAGAAGGAAAAAGCAUCACUCGAAACUCCAGUACAGAAGGAAAAAGCAUCACUCGGAACUCCAGUACAGAAGGAAGAAACAUCACUCGGAAUUCCGGUGCAGAAGGAAGAAAUAUCUGAGACUCCUGCACAGAUACAAGGAGCAACUAAAAAUGCUGCGGAAAUGCAAGAAUCAGAUGAAAAACUUCCGGAUACCUCAAAAAAUAAGAAAUUUAAAAGAGUGUCUACCGCAGGUCUAUUGCAAAUUGAACAGACCGUGAGUUACGUGCAACCAUCAAUGGCACAAUGUUUCCCUCCACAAGAAGCACAGUUAAUGCAAACCAAAAUGCAAAUUGUAGAAGGUCUUGGUGGACAUCUUCAUAACCAAGUUCCUCAACAAUAUGGAUCUAUUCCUGUUGUUCCAUUUCCGCAACAAACUGGGAUACAAAUUGUAGAAGCUCCUAUGUAUAGACCGCUUUCCGCCCCGCCAUAUCCAGUACAACCCGAAAUGCAAAUGGUAGAGACUCGUGCAGGACCGCUAUACAGCCAAGUUCCACAACAGUAUGACCCGGUGCCUUUCCAAUCAUAUUCAGCACAACCCGAAAUGCAAAUGGUAGAGACUCGUGCAGGACCGCUAUACAGCCAAGUUCUACAGCCACAACAAUAUGGACCUUUUCCUGUCAUACCGCAAUUUCCUCAUCCUGUCCCUAAUUUAUCUGUACAGCCAAUGACAAGGAUUCCCGCACAGCCGUUACCCGGUCAAGUCAUACCGCAAUUUCCUCAGGCAGUUCCUGGGCCUACACAGCCAAUAACAGGAACAGGACCAUUACCUGGUCAAGUCGUACCGCAAUUUCCUCAGGUAGUUCCUGGAAUGCCUACACAGCCAAUAACAGGAACAGGACUAUUACCUGGUCAAGUCGUACCGCAAUUUCCUCAGGCAGUUCCUGGAAUGCCUACACAGCCAAUAACAGGAACAGGGCCAUUACCUGGUCAAGUCGUACCGCAAUUUCCUCAGGCAGUUCCUGGAAUGCCUACACAGCCAAUAACAGGAACAGGGCCAUUACCUGGUCAAGUCGUACCGCAAUUUUCUCAGGCAGUUCCUGGAAUGCCUACACAGCCAAUAACAGGAACAGAGCCAUUACAUGGUCAAGUGUCGAAAUUCUCCCAGCCAGUUCCUGGAUUACCUGCACAGCCCAUGGCAAGAAUUUCUGAAUCUGGUCAAGUUUUACAGCAAUUUGGUGCAUCUCAUUCAGGGCAGUUUCAGCCAGCAACCAGACCAUUUAUUCCGGUUUCGGGAUAUGCUCAAUGUAACUUCCAGACAUCAUCAUCUAGAACAUUUCCUGAAAGUGAUGCGCAGCAGUUUCUUGAUCAAAUCCAACAUCAAAGCAAUGGUUCCAGAAAGCAAGAGCACAAGCAGCAUGAUUAUAAGGUUGACGGGCUUGUGGUUACCGAGGUAACUCUCCAGUUGUGUGAACCGACAAUCACUCUCUCUGUAGCGCGCGAUAAGCCAACAGAUCCAAAAAUAGAUCCUGAAAAGAAAAAUGGAACAGAAAAGAAAACAGAGAGGGAGCUAACAACCCAUGUCGAGUUCAUUUAUGGUCAGAAUUCUAUGAUGCGAGUUGAAGUACCCGGAACAGAGGGUACCUGGCAACAACCGAAAAUCAAGCUAUGGCCACGUUCUAGGAAGCAUCGCCGAGACAAAUUGGUAAUUAGACACCAAGCUCAAAUGAUUGAAGAACUUUUUCUACACGGACCAUCUGAUUUGAAGAAUUCAGCAGUGGGAUGUUCAGAUGAAAAAUUAGAGGCAUCUUUGGAAAAUAUGCCACAGAAAGUUUUGAUUAAAAUUUUCGAACUUAUCGCUAAAGAGCAAAAUAAUAAUCCAAACAUCAGCGUUUAUAAUAUGUAUCGAUUAAAAUUGGUAUGCAGACGAUUUAAUGAUGUGUUGGAAAACAAUACGAAGGUAUUACCACGAUAUGAAGUUUGUGGACUUCGGAUACAGUCAAAAAAAGUAGGCCCCCUUGGCUACUUUGCAAUGGUUUAUCGUUACGGUACAGGUGCUUUCGAACCUCCAUGCGCUUGUUUGGAUUUAACUGAUAUUCCAUCAUUCUUGAGGCAUGACAUAAUAAAUGGCUUUAUAUACAUAGAUAAAAUGGAACUUACAGAUAGGCUCUUCAUAACGUUGAAUGAACUGACUUAUGCUGAAAAUGUACAAAAAAUAGUCUUUUCUAAAAUUAGUUCGGUCAAUCUUACUCCUGAAAGUGGAAUUUGCACAUUUUUGGAUAAGUUUCCCAAUUUGUUGGAUCUGUGGUUCUUCGGUUAUUAUGAAGAGAGUGAACUUGGCCUUGAUCAUAGUCAAGUGGUGAUGCAAAUGCAGAGAAGUGAGCGUGGAAAUGGAAUUCUUACGCGAAAAGAUAUGGAAAGUAUGAUAGAACGAUUGAAAUACAAAAGAAAAAAGCGAAUUAAACGAUCUGGAAUGAGAGCAGCAGUUCAGAAUAAAGCAAGAGUUCAGAAGAAAGAAGCAAUUCAAAGUAAGACAAGAUAUAUUCAAAAUAAAACAGGAAAUCGAAACAAAGCAGGAGAUCAAAGCAAAACAAGAGUUCAGAGCAAAAUAGAAGUUCAAAGUAAAGAAAGAACACAAAGCAAAACAAGAAUUCGAAAUGAAACAGAAAUUCAGAGCAAAACAACAGGAAAAAGUAAUCCUCAAAAGAAAAAUGCUUGA